GACAGACGCAGUCUUUAAUCAGUUUUCAACGCAGUCGAACAUGAAGAUAAUAAUUGCAUUUCUUGCACUUAUCGGAUACGUGCAGGCGAUUUCUUAUGCCGAUGUCUUGGAAUCGGAGUGGAAUACCUUUAAAACGGAGUAUGGAAAGAUCUAUGAGAAUAAAGACGAGGAGCAGCUUCGCAGACAGAUCUUUAUAGAUAACAAGGAGAUGAUUGAUAAGCACAAUAAACUGUAUAUCGCAGGCGAGGAGACCUAUGAAAUGGGAGUAAAUCAGUUUACCGACUUAUUAGCCAAGGAGUUUGAGAGUCUGAUGCUGCCAAGUCACAAUAUUACGGAGUCCGAUUCUCUUACAGACUUUAUAUAUACUCAACCGGAGGAUGUUGCUAUACCUAGUUCGAUAGAUUGGCGUUCCAAGGGAGCUGUCACUGGAGUAAAGGAUCAAGGUCAAUGUGGAUCCUGCUGGGCAUUUGCGGCCGUAGGCACCCUGGAGAGUCAGCACUUUAUAAAGAACCGGCAGCUGAUCUCACUUUCCGAACAGAAUCUUUUGGAUUGCUCUAGUCGAGCCCCUUUCAGCAAUCAUGGCUGCGACGGCGGAUCACAUGCAAGAGCUUUGCAGUAUAUUCAAAUCAAUGGUGGCAUUGAUACGGAACAAUCGUAUCCAUAUAGGGCCACUCAACAAUCGUGUCGAUUUGAUAAACGCUUCAUUGGCGCCACUGUCAGAGCCAUAGCGAGGGUUCAAGUGAACAGUGAGUCGAGUCUGGCUGCUGCCGUUGCAAUCACAGGUCCCCUUUCAGCGUCCAUUCAUGUAUCCCGAAAUAUGCAGUUUUAUCGUGGCGGCGUUUUCAACGAUCCGUCGUGUGAUAAGCCAACCAAUCACGCUGUGACUGUUGUGGGCUAUGGCCAUGAUAACCAAGGCGGAGAUUACUGGCUGGUCAAAAACUCCUGGGGAUCCGCGUGGGGAGAAAGCGGAUACAUUCGCAUGUCUCGCAAUAGAAAUAAUCAGUGUAGAAUUGCAAGCAAUGCCUUUUAUCCUUUGGUCUGAAUGUGAUCAGACUUAGCAUCAACUGCUUUUAUCAACUUAUAACAAAUAAGUCAAUUAAAUGUUUCACUUUAUUUCUCCCUUCAAAUGUAAAAUGCAAAUAAACUUUUA